UGCUUCAAUAAAAGGGCAUGACUGAACUAGCAUAAUGCACAGCAUCUUCACUUCUAGACUCCCAUAUAGAUCCUAAAACCCUCCCUCACUCAAAAGGAAAAUGCAGGGUGGAAGCAAGUAUGAUGAAAAGCUGCUACAAAACUAUGUGCCACUUUAUGUAAUGCUCCCAUUGGGAGUGGUUACAGCUGACAACGUUUUUGAAGGUGGAGAGAAGCUCGAGAAGCAGCUUAAGGAUCUAAGAGCAGCUGGGAUUGAUGGGGUCAUGGUGGAUGUAUGGUGGGGGAUCAUAGAAGCCAAAGGCCCUAAGCAGUAUGAAUGGAGUGCUUAUAGGAGCUUGUUUGAACUUGUUAACAAAUGUGACCUAAAGAUACAAGCCAUAAUGUCAUUCCACCAAUGUGGUGGGAAUGUAGGGGAUGUUGUUUACAUCCCAAUUCCUCAAUGGGUACGUGAUAUUGGAGAAACAGAUCCUGAUAUCUUUUACACCAAUAGAUCAGGUAACAGAAACGAGGAGUACCUCUCCCUUGGUGUGGAUCACCAGCCUCUCUUUGGUGGGCGGACCGCCAUUGAGAUGUAUAGUGACUACAUGAAGAGCUUCAGGGAGAACAUGGCGGAUUUUCUUGAAGCUGGACAGAUAAUAGAUAUUGAAGUAGGGUGUGGAGCAGCAGGGGAGUUAAGAUAUCCCUCUUAUCCAGAAACUCAAGGAUGGGUUUUUCCUGGCAUUGGGGAAUUUCAGUGUUAUGAUAAAUAUCUCAAAGCAGAAUUCAAAGAGGCAGCAAAAAAUGCAGGCCACCCUGAAUGGGAAUUGCCAGAUGAUGCAGGGACAUACAAUGACAAACCUGACUCAACAGAGUUCUUUAAACAAAAUGGAACAUACCUUACUGAAAAGGGAAAGUUCUUUUUAACUUGGUAUUCCAACAAGUUGCUGAUGCAUGGAGAUGAUAUCCUCGAUGAAGCCAAUAAAGCUUUUGUGGGAUGUAAAGUCAAAUUAGCAGCUAAAGUAUCUGGACUGCAUUGGUGGUAUAAACAUCAUAGUCAUGCUGCGGAGCUCACUGCAGGAUACUACAACCUGAAAGACAGAGAUGGGUACCGACCAGCAGCAAGGAUUCUAUCAAGGCAUCAUGCUAUUAUGAAUUUCACAUGUCUUGAGAUGAGGGACUCAGAACAAUCAGCAGAAGCUAAAAGUGGACCUCAGGAACUCGUUCAGCAGGUCCUCAGCGGAGCAUGGAGAGAGAAGAUUGAAGUUGCAGGUGAGAACGCACUUUCAAGAUACGAUGCUGAAGCUUACAAUCAGAUCCUUCUCAAUGCCAGGCCUAAUGGUGUCAACAAGUGGGGUCCUCCUAAACUGAGGAUGUUUGGGGUGACAUACCUUCGGUUAUAUGAUGAACUAUUUGAAGAAAAGAAUUUCAACCUGUUCAAGACAUUCGUCAGGAAAAUGCAUGCUGAUCAAGAUUACUGCCCAGACCCCAGCAAAUAUGGCCAUGAAAUAGGCCCGCUGGAACGAUCAAACCCACCGAUUCCGGUUGACGAUAUCAUAGAUGCAACGACGCCGAUGAAGCCUUUCCCAUGGAAUAAACAAACAGAUAUGCCGGUUGAUGGAGCUGGACAAUUUGGUCUGCUUGGUGGUCUGAUAAACGGGAUCAAAUCCAUUUUCUUCAAGUGAAAACAUGGAAAAAUGCAGAGAUAUAAUGAGAGUGAAGGAAUCAGAUUAACAUUCAAUGCUAAUUAGGAUUCCUUCUAGGGCUAUGAGUGACCUUUCAAUGUAUCUUCUGUUUGAAUAAAUAAUACACAUUAUCUA